AUGGCUCCGCUUAUCGAGACAACACCACGUGCAAUACGCAUGAGCUAUCGCAUUGGCCGCGGCGAGCAGGGUGUGCUGACUUUCGAGCCGUACAAAUCUGCGCUGCUGCCACUCUGGCGCUUUCGCACAGUGCCCAUCGCCCGCAAGAGCGCAGCAGAUCUUUGGCAGCGCUUUGAAGAGUUCGACGCACAGGAAGACUUUGUGGGGAUGGACAUGUCAAGGAAGUUCAUACAGAUGGGCAUGACCCGGGCCAAGCGGUAUGCUAACCAUGCCGGGGGGCGCAAAUACAAGAAGGGAACGAAGGAGGAGCUCCCGAAGAGCGAGACCCACGAGGGGAAAGGCGAGAAAGAGGCUGCCAGUAUGGUGUUUCGAGAGGUCUGGGAAAGAUGUAAAGCUCAUGAGAGGUACCAGAGGCGGAAAGAAGACUUCUUAGCUGAGCAGCGCUCGUGGGAGAAAAGCCAUGUCAAACAAACGGGUGGGGGCGACGUCAACGAAGAGAUGCGAUCUUGCUCGUAG